AUGUCAACAACAAAUAGCAACGGGUCGAGCGAUUCGGACUCGGGCAGCAGAAAUUCGACGGGUUCUUUGUCAAGCACUUGCACUGAAACACAGACCACAUCGAUGGGGACUGGCUCGAGAUCUGCCACUGAUUCUUCGUCAGCAACAGGAACCUUGACGAGAUCUCUCUCGUCAUCUAGAUCCAGGACCACUGGCACAGGGACUUCUCACAUGACGCAAGAUCCCAACCAGAAUACCUCACAUACGCAGUCUGGAACAGAGACAAUUAGCGGCGGCACUCGUACAAGGUCCACAUCGUCAUCCAGCGCAUCACGAACUACCAGUUCAACCGAGGAUCCGAACGUUAGUUCAUCAACAGACACGACCUGCACGACAACGCACUCAAACACAGAGACUGGUCGAUCAACCCAUAGCCUGAAUAUAACUUCAUCUACAAGGACUGGUACUUCUGGUGAUACCCAGAGCAACACUGCAAGUUUAAUUUCUGCUACAACAUCCACAGCCUCUCAAACAUUCACGGAUAGUACAACUGGAUCUGGGACAGAAAGUACAUCAUGCACUAGUUCCCAUUCGGGGACCACAUCAUGCACCACGACAUUGACGACACAGACACGCCGCACAGGGACAAGCACGAGGGCUAGGACAACUGGAGCUUCGGAUGAUGCAUCAGGAUUGACCACAUCGACAAGUUGUACUUCGACACAUACGGGAUCAGCUGGAGCUUCUGCCGAACAGUCAACCACUUCAACAAGCUGCAAUUCCACAUUGACCGCAAGUGUUCCAUACACAAAUUCCACUACAUCAUGUACUACGACGCUGUCAACGACGACCCGCGUUGACCGUCCCACUCUUUCGAUCUCAGAUCCCAACUCCACAAUCUCUUCAAACUCCUUCAUAUCAGCGACCACGGCGACUUCGCCCCCCUCCUUGAGCUCAACAUCCCCAACACUUUCAAUUAGAACCACUAGUAACUCAGAUGAAACCUCCUCGACAACCACAACCACCACCUCCACAACCACAACCACAACCACAACCACUAUCUCCUCCUCCACCACAGCCUGCAUCACAGGGCUCUCCUAUAACUCCCUCCUCCUGCCCAACGGCGACUUCGAAAAUGGCCUCUCGCGCUGGGACCUUUCCAUUCCAGACCCCUACGCCAAAGCGCGCCUAUCCACGCCGGGCGCGAACUCGUCCUGCACCGCGUUCGAAGCCUCACUGAAAAGCAGCGAGAUGACUGACGAUCUCCGAUCAAGCGUCAAGAUCACCACGGACACGGACUCCAUUAACGAAGGGAGCCGGUACCACCUCUCGUUCUGGUACCGCUUCGAGACUGUGAACAACGCCGUUAUCACAGCUGAGAUCAAUUACGUGCCUGUGGUUAGUGUCAAUGCUUCGACGGUGCAUGAUUUGCUCUGGCAGCGGGCUGAGGCGUAUUGGGUUGCUACCGAUGGGGCGGCAAGCUUGAGGUUCGAGUUUUCGAUGCCGUAUAUGCAGAGGGCAGGGAGGAUGUGGAUUGAUCGUGUGAGGAUGAAUCAGGUGGCGGAUUUGCCGGUUCCUGUUUCUGCUUCGCCGGACUCUUCUACUUUGUCGGCGGCUACCACUGAGAGUACUUCGGUAUCGACUUCGGUUUUUAUGACUCUGUUGACCUCGGCGUCUACUUCGACCUUGACCGCGGCAUCUACUUCUGUGGUGACGAGCCUGGCUAGUAGCGUCGUUACGAUUUCGGGUUUCAACAUCACAACUGGGGCUACGGCAACGGCAGCACCGACUUUGAGGAUGUCGUAG